AUGAUAUCAAGUGCCAAUAGCUUGGUUUGGAUGGACGGUAAAGAAGAUGAAGAAACAGCUUCAUGGACUCGAAAUACCACCAGUACUAUUGCCAACAACAGCAAUGGCGGUGUGGAGAACAGAGGCGAAGUGGGUACGCUCACAACAUUCAAAUCAAUGCUUGAAGUCGAAGACGAUGGCUGGUAUGUGAACACAAACAACCUCCAAAACCAACACGACGUCAGAAACCUCACUUUCUCGCCAAACUUCACAGAAGCUGAGGCUAAUCUGUUGUUACAACCAAUGGACUCGUCUUCUUCAUGUUCACUAUCAUCGGUUUCAGUGUUCAACAAUUUCGACCCAUCUCAGGUACACUGUUUUUUGCCUCCAAAACCAACCGUGCCUUCGUCGGUUCUAAAUGCUAUAGAAAAUAGCUUCGAUUUGGGUAGUGAAACUGCGUUUCUGGAGACCCAAGCUUUAAGUUCUUUGAAUAGAGGAAGUGGGCUUUUGACUGGUUUCAGGGAUUUGAGCUCAAAAUCUCAGAUUGGUAAUCCUAAUUUGUGCUUAGAUCCUCAUUUGCCAACUACCCAUUUGCUUCAAUCGCCCGAAAACAGUGGUACAGUCACUGCUGGUUUUGGUUUAUCAGGUUUCAUGGGUAUUGACGAGGGUUCUGGGAGUUCUUUGUUUUUAAAUAGGUCCACGUUAUUGAAACCACUGGAAAAUUUUGCUUCAAUUGGAGCACAGCCUACUCUGUUCCAGAAGAGAGCUGCUCUUAGGAAAGUUCUGGGUGAUAAUGGUAGCGAUUUGGAGAUUUUAGGCAUUGAAAAUUGUCGGGGUUCGACAAAUGUUGAAUGUUUUGGUAAGAAGACGGAAGUGAGUGAAGUGAAUGAGAGGAAAAGGAAGAAUGACAGUGGGAAUGAUGUUGAAGAUGUGAAUAUUGAUGGUUUUGGUUUGAAUCAUGACUCUGAUGAAUUUAUGGAGAUCACCAAGGUGGAGGAGAGUGCUAAAAAUUGUGGGAAUAGCUCAAAUGCGAAUAGUACGGUCACCGGUGGGGAUCACAAAGUGAAGAAGAAGGGGCUUCCAGCUAAGAAUUUAAUGGUUGAACGCCGCCGCCGGAAGAAGCUCAAUGAUAGGCUUUACAUGCUGAGGUCUGUCGUCCCAAAGAUUAGCAAGAUGGACAGGGCUUCCAUUCUUGGGGAUGCCAUUGAGUACUUGGAAGAACUUCUGCAGAAGAUCAAUGAUCUUCAAAAUGAACUGGAGUCAACCCCUCCUAGUUCUUCAUUGGUGCCUACCACAAGCUUUUAUCCUUUAACACCCACCCCACCUACCCUGCCCUCCUGCAUUAAGGAAGAACUUUGUCCAAGCUUGUUGCCAAGCCCCACUGGACAGUCUGCAAAUGUUGAAGUAAGUGUAAGAAAAGGAAGAGCUGUAAAUAUCCACAUGUUCUGUGGCUGCAGACCAGGGCUCCUGCUGUCAAUAAUGAGGACUCUGGAUAACCUUGGGCUAGACAUCCAACAAGCUGUUAUCAGCUGCUUCAAUGGGUUUGUGUUGGAUAUCUUCCGAGCUGAGUGUCCAANCAAAGAUGUGGUAGCUUCUGAGCUAAAAUUUGUUCCUCAAGAUAUUCUUUAUGAUGCAGACCUUCACAUCCCAGGAUCCACAAAUUUCAUUACUGAUGCGUGGAGCCAUAAGUGCUCUUAUGAUGGGCAGCUAAAUGGACUUCUGGGACUGUAUAAAGUACGCAGAGAGGAAGAGAUUGUGACUGGGCACAUUUGGUCCCUGCCAAAGUACAGUAGCAACAAGCAAGAGCAGCUGAAAGAGAGACUCACGCAUGCUUACAGUGCCCUCAGGAAAGAGUUCAGGAAAGUUUUUGAGCAAAUGGACUCAGAUUUUGAUCAAGUUUCUGAUGAUGAGAAGAAUGACAUUUAUGAACAAAAGGCAUCAGCAUGGUAUCAAGUCACUUACCAUCCUAGUUGGGUGAAGAGGUCAAUGGAGUUGCAAGAGCCAGAUGGGGAUAGGGAGACAGUAAUGUUGAGCUUUGCUUGGAUAGCAGUUGAUUACCUUGCUCGGAUCAAAAUUAGGCGUGGAGGAGAUGGAAAUACUGACCUCACUAAGCCAAUCAAUGCGUUUGCGCGGUACGUUGCUGAUCGUAUAUGAUGGAUAAUCAAAGCUGUUUGAAGCUUUCUUCUAUCGUCGCUUCAAACUUUUCUGGAUGCUACGUUCUGGUUGCUUUUGAACUUCCUGGCUUCAAGGCCACUCUGCCAUAGUUCAGGUUUGACUGUCAUGUUUUAUUAAUACCCUUGCCUCUGUAUGCUGUACUGGUUUGCCUAUUCUUGCUAUAAACUAUGUUUCUGUAUUGUUGUAAACAUAAUGUUGAAAAUGCUGUACUUUUGUUUGCAUUUUUUGGCUUGAGUAGCUUUAGCAUUAACUUGCAAAUCUAUUUUCAAUUUGUGACAAUUGGUGCAUGAAUAUGGGAGUAUUUGAAUGAGUUUCAC